ACGCUGAGCCAACACAGCGACGCCACACGAGAUAUUGGCGUGGCGGCGCAGCGUUUGAGCACUGCACUUGCAAGGGCGGGAUCUUGGCAUGGCCGAAGCACAGAUGAUCCCCGGGCCUCAGACAUUGCACAGCCAGGUGGUUUUCGGCGCUUCUUUCGCGGGGAGGACGCCUUGGCGCGGCCACUGAUGGAGGAUGUAAUGCGGGUGCAGCGGGCCGAGACCUUUCAUGCCCGCCUGGCCUCACCUCUCUUGCCCUUUUAU